AAAUCAAUCAGCUCUUCUUGCCGCACAUGAAGACAAAGUUGAUGUGGUAUUAUCAAGACAUGGAGGAGCUAGAAGUGGUACCUGUUGUUGACAUAAAUAAGCCGAGCACAAGUAGACAGCUGCAACCUAGUACUAGCAGAGCAGCACAGCAGAUCGUUCAGCCAACUCUCAAAAAGAAACUCUUUCUAACGAAUGGUUGGGACGCCCCUCUAAUUGGCGUUUGUGUUUAUAUUUUUAGGACGAAUACAAGCAAGCAACUACCGGAGGAAGGCUUUCAAAAGGAUCUCUUUUGUGGCAUAAUCGAUGCUCAAAAAAUUGGUUUGGUCACUACCAUCGAGCGUAUCAUCGAGCAUAUUUUCAUGGAAGUUUUGGCCCACCCCCCACUGGAUUGUGAAGACGAUGCUGCGAGUUGUCCAAUGGUGAAAAACCAACUUCUGCCUGCCUUGAGGUCAUUCUGUAGCGCUUUGAAAGUUUGCGAGGAAGUAUGCGGACAAGGUCCAGUUUUCGAAAAGGAUUCUAUCUCGCUUUGUAACAUGAAAGACGACGAAUUGAAAGAAUGGACCACGAAUCCUGAGAAACUGAACGAGCUUGAAGGAAGGGUAAAAGGUUGGAUAAAAAGGCUAGCCGAGAUUUUGAAGGAAAGUGAACAGAUCAGAAGAGAAGACGAUUCAUCUGGUCCUCAGGGAGAACUAGAGUAUUGGAAAAAACGAGGGGCUCAAUUCUCACAAAUAGCUUCCCAGCUCUACACGGACGAAGUACAAGCAACGGUAUUGUGUUUGAGAAUUGCCAGGCUGAAAAUAUUGAAGGAAUGGCAUGACACCGACAAGAGGGUUACUUUCUGUUACAACGAAGCCAAGGAUAACGCAAAAUUCAUCCAAGCGUUGGAAAAAAAUUGCCAUUCCUUAUAUCUCGACGAUCCAGUCAAGAUGAGAGAAUCAAUUCUUGGAUUACUUCAGACAGUCCGUCUGAUAUACAACGUUUCUCAGUUCUACAAUACAUCUGAAAGAACUUCUGCUCUGAUGGUUAAGAUAACCAAUCAAAUGAUCGAAACUUGCAAAGACUACAUCACCUGCAGAGGUCAAGAAAGUAUAUGGUCACAAGACAAAGACGUUAUGAGGGAGAAACUAACGCACUGCAUCAUGUUGAAUAGGGUUUAUCGAAAAACUUACACACUUGUUAAAAGCCAGCCUGUUCUACCCGGUCAGAAGCAAUUCAAUUUUUCCGAGAACUACGUAUUUGGAAAGUUCGAUGUGUUUUGUAGAAGACUAACAAGAAUUAUUGCAACUUUUAAUUUGAUAGAGGACUACACCUCUUUGUUCAAAAAGAGAAUGGAAGGAUUACUAUUGGGAGAUGCUUUAGAGGAAGUUGUUCAAAAUUUCAACGAAAUACAAUCUACGAUAAUCAAUAAAAAGUACGAUUAUCUAGACCAAAGAAACACAGAUUUUGAUAACGACUUCAAGGCGUUCUUGGCCAAAACUGACGAAUUGAAGGAGCAUCUGAGUGAAAUGAUUGAGAGCAAUUUUGAAAGCGUUUGGGAAACACCGCAAGGAAUAAAAUUUCUUGUGAGAUUCGAAAAAGUGAGCGAAAAAAUUCCUUUAGCGAAAAUGGAAGAUAAGUACGAAAGAAUUCUGAAAUAUUGCGAGAAAGAAGUUGAUCGAAUUAUAAAAAUGUAUAGAAAGGAAAAGGAUGAUCCACCCCUCCCAUGUAUGUUUCCUCCAAUUGCAGGACGCAUCAAAUGGGCUCGAUCGUUAAAGAGCCACCUAGAAGAGCUCUUGACCAGUGUGACCAGUCACAAUAUACUGAAGAAUCUACCAGCAACUCAAGAAUUAUCGAGAAGAUACAACCAAGCUGAACAAACAUUGAAGUCCUAUGAAACAGACAUGGUGGCAAUAUGGAUGAAUCAACAAGUGUGGGAAGUGGACAACUGCCUAAAAAGGAAACUAAUAGCCGUGUGUCCCGAGCAACAAAAGCUGAAAGUCAACAUGCAUAACUCCAUACCCCUCUUGAUAAGAGAAUCCGAUCUCAUGGCGAAGAUGAGUUUACCCAUACCCAUAGUAGCGCUCACUCUGUACUCUAAAAAGGAUUAUUUCGCAUCCAUCCAGGAUUCGUUGCAGUACCUGAUCGACGAUUUGGUGAAGAAUGUUAAAGGGGUGAAACAAGAAGUGAGGCCGUUAUUCUUACCCCACCUGGUGAAGCUUAUGCGAAUCAUUGAGCCAGGAAUUAAGGAGCUGACAUGGAUUUCGUCCGACUGGAAGGAAUUCACAGAUAAAGCCAGCAAUGCAAUACUCAAGUUCAAAGUAUUGUCCUAUAGAGUACAUGACAUCUACACCAAUCGCGUACUAGAAGUUUUAUCCACGAUGCAGGCAGUUCAACUUCACGCACUCCCAGAACUGGACGAAAACCCAUGGAACAUUUCAGAUUUCUGCGAUAGGAGCGACGAGGCCUGUCGAGCUGCUGCUAUCGAGUUGCAUCGCAAAAGUUUGAUGAUUGAAGAGGCCGUCGAAGAGAUCCUGUCGUUGAUUAGAAGGUCAAGAAUCGAUAUUCCUUCACAAUCCGUAGACGAGAUGUUCGUAGAAGAUGAAAGUGGGAAUCAAUUAGAAGAAGGGACGCAUCUAUCGACGCAACCAACAGAUUGGAGUUUGGUAUGGGAAUGUUUCGAGAAACCUCACCUUCUUCUAGGAUCUGGGAUGGCCAAGUCGAUGCAAGAUAUGGUCAGAGGUGCCGUGAGUGAGAUGAGGCGUUACUACAGCCGGAAAGUGAUAGAUGUUUUGGUUAAAGUCACUCGUCACUCUCUAGAUGCUCUUAUGAGGAGAUUUUCUGUGAAGGAGGAGCACAAUCAGAAACCAAUUUUCCUGCUGAAUGCCAUACUCAUGAUACCUAAAGUUUCCAUUCAACCAAACUUAGAUGAAGUGCAGGAGGUUCUUGCUCUGGCUGGAAAGAAUAUCACUUCAGUGUCCAAAGGGGUUGGUCAAUGGUCAGGCGGCAAACUUCAGAAGGUCGAUGCAACCAAGAAGGGAUGGAAAAAAUUGGCGGGUCGCAGCUCAAACAUAAGGGAUAUUGUAAAUCAAUCUCGUUUGCAACAGCGGACCCUGAAAGGAGUCGUUAAACUCAAGCAAGAAGACGACCUGAAGACCAGGAGGAGGAAAUUCUACAGGCUGGCUAGUGAGGAUAAACCCUCUUUCCCGCUGCAGCAUAGGAACUUCUAUAACCACGUCAUGGAGAACAAGGAAGUUGUUAAAGCUUUGUCGCUAUUGUCAACCUGUACUCAGGACUUGAAACAAGAAAUCACUCAAUUCCUGCAAAAAUGGAGACCUUACUACAUAUUAUGGAGGAACGAAAAAUCACACAGAGAACUACUGGGAGCUUGUCUAGCAGAAUAUGAAACUUCUCUUCGCAAGCAUGAAGAGCUCAACACCAGGCUAGAAACAGAGCCGGAGGUAGUCUUCAUCGGUAUCAGUUUGGCCAUCUCAACUGAAAAAUUGAAAUACGGACUGAGCACAGAAAUUAAGAGCUGCACCCACAGAAUAGGUCAAGCUAUGAAGAAAAAAUAUAAGCGAGAAAUGGACUACGUAUAUGCUGUCAUCAACGAAAUGGAAAGAAAACUGGAAAGGACAAUAAGAGAUUUGGAUGACGUCAGAAUGAUAAUGGAUACCUUGAAAAAAAUACGAGCACAGGAGGUGGAUAUGGAGUUGAAAAUAGAACCAGUAGAGGAAGCUUUCAACGUUCUAAGCCGUUUCAACGUGAUGGUUGAAAGAGAAAUAAUUGAUCAGGUGGACAAUUUAAGGUACACUUGGAAUAAGCUACAGGCUAGAGCUCUCAAGGUUCAAGGUAACCUCCUGGAUAUGCAACCACAGUUCCAGAAUGAUUUGAAAAACAAUCUCGAAAAAUUCAGAUUGGAUAAGCUGGAUUACUGCAACGAAUACAGGGUUGCUGGUCCUAUGCAGCCUGGUUUAACCCCCAGAGAAGCUUCAGACAGACUUAUAUCCUUCCAGAAUCGCUUCGAAGGUAUGUGGAGGAAGCUUCAAACAUACCAAAAUGGAGAAGAGCUAUUCGGCUUACCUACAACUGAUUAUCCAGACUUAGCACAGAUCCGUAAAGAACUGAACCUACUCCAGAAGCUCUACAAAUUGUAUAACGAUGUAAUUGACAGGGUGAACAGUUACUAUGAUAUACCCUGGGAAGACGUCAAUAUAGAGGAGAUAAAUAACGAGUUGAUGGAAUUCCAAAAUAGAUGCAGAAAACUACCGAAAGGUUUGAAGGAAUGGCCUGCCUUUUUUGCCCUCAAGAAAACGAUUGACGACUUCAAUGACAUGUGUCCUCUUCUGGAACUAAUGGCAAAUAAGGCAAUGAAACCAAGACACUGGCAAAGGAUCAUGGAAUCACUCCACCAUGUUUUCGAAUUCGAAAGUGAAGGCUUCUGUUUAAAGAACAUACUGGAGGCGCCAUUACUAUCUCAUAAGGAAGAUAUUGAAGACAUCUGUAUAUCCGCCAUGAAAGAGAAAGACAUUGAGGCAAAACUUCGACAAGUGACGAACGAAUGGUCAGUCCAUGAACUCACUUUCAUGACAUUCAACAAUAGAGGCGAGCUCUUACUGAGAGGGGAUACAACAGCGGAAACUAUAGGACAACUGGAGGACAGCCUGAUGAUUUUGGGAUCGCUUUUGUCGAACAGGUACAAUGCUCCAUUCAAGAAGCAAAUCCAGCAAUGGGUUCACGAUCUAUCCAACACCAACGAGAUAUUGGAACGUUGGUUGCUGGUUCAGAAUAUGUGGGUGUACUUGGAAGCUGUCUUUGUGGGUGGGGAUAUUGCCAAACAAUUGCCUAAAGAAGCCAAGAGGUUCUCGAAAAUAGACAAAUCUUGGCAGAAGAUUAUGCAGAGAGCCCAUGAGACACCAGGCGUCGUUUCCUGCUGCGUUGGUGACGAUCUCUUGAAGCAGCUUCUACCACAUCUCCAAGAACAACUGGAGCUCUGCCAAAAAUCCCUGAGCGGUUAUCUAGAGAAAAAACGUACGAUGUUUCCAAGGUUCUUCUUUGUUUCGGAUCCUGCACUACUGGAGAUCCUGGGCCAAGCAUCAGAUUCCCACACCAUACAGAACCAUUUGCUGUCCAUUUUUGACAACACUAGAUGGGUGAAGUUCCACGAUAUAGAAUACAACAAGAUAACCGCCAUUAUAUCGUCCGAAAACGAAAUGAUUCCACUGGAAAAGGCUGUUAGAGCUGAGGGAAGUGUUGAGCAAUGGCUCACUCAGCUACUUAUGAUGUCACAGUCUUCAUUGCAUUCAAUCAUACGCCAGGCUUAUGCAAUGAUCAACGAUCCAAAUUUCAAUCUCCUUCAGUUCUUGGACAAAAUGCCAGCUCAGAUUGGAUUGUUGGGCCUCCAGAUGAUAUGGACCAGAGAUGCAGAAUUAGCAUUGAUGCAAGCAAGACAUGACAAGAAGCAGAUGCCCGACACCAACAACAAAUUCUUAGAAUUGCUGAAUACACUGAUAGACCAGACUACAAGAGAUCUGACCAAAAUAGAACGAACCAAAUUCGAAACAUUGAUCACUAUUCACGUUCAUCAAAGAGAUAUAUUCGAUAUAUUGUGUCGACUGAAUGUGAGGCAUGUUAACGAUUUCGAAUGGUUGAAGCAAUGUAGAUUCUACUUCAAAGAAGACCAGGACAAAACCCUUAUCGUAAUCACUGAUGUGACUUUCUCUUAUCAGAAUGAGUAUUUGGGGUGUACGGACAGAUUGGUUAUUACACCUCUCACAGACAGAUGCUAUAUAACCUUAGCUCAGGCGCUAGUUAUGAGUAUGGGAGGAGCCCCAUGUGGUCCAGCUGGAACUGGAAAAACUGAGACAGUGAAGGACAUGGGGAAGACUCUUGCGAAAUAUGUCGUAGUAUUCAAUUGCUCCGAUCAGAUGGAUUACAGAGGAUUAGGGAGAAUAUAUAAAGGUUUGGCCCAAUCUGGAUCAUGGGGUUGCUUCGACGAGUUUAACAGGAUAGAAUUGCCAGUCUUGUCAGUAGCAGCACAACAGGUUGCUGUCGUUUUGGCCAGUAAAAGAGAGAAGAAAAAGUCAUUCGUUUUCACUGAUGGCGACAUUAUAGAAAUGUGCCCAGAGUUCGGAAUAUUUAUUACAAUGAAUCCUGGAUAUGCUGGACGCAAGGAAUUGCCGGAAAAUCUAAAAAUUCAGUUCAGGACUGUCGCUAUGAUGGUGCCAGAUAGACAGAUUAUUAUUCGCGUUAAAUUAGCGAGUUGCGGUUUUCUUGAAAAUAUCACCUUAGCCAGGAAAUUCUAUACUUUGUAUAAAUUAUGCGAGGAACAGCUAACCAAACAGGUCCAUUACGAUUUCGGCUUGAGGAACAUCUUAUCGGUCCUUAGAAGCCUCGGUGCAGCGAAGAGAGUAAACGAUAAAGAUUCAGAAAGUACAAUUGUUAUGAGAGUGCUCAGAGAUAUGAACCUAUCCAAAUUGAUAGAUGAAGAUGAACCUCUGUUCACUUCGCUAGUUGCCGAUCUAUUUCCCAACCAAGUUCUGGAAAAGACUACGUAUCAGGAGUUGGAAGAAGCGAUAGAUAAGCAAGUCGAAUUGGCAGGUCUCAUCAAUCAUCCACCAUGGGCUUUGAAACUGAUCCAGUUGUACGAAACCCAGGCUGUGCGGCAUGGAAUAAUGACUUUGGGGCCCACAGGGGCCGGAAAGACAACCUGUAUUCAAAUACUGAUGAAAUCUCUCACUCAGAUGGGGCAGUUUCAUAGGGAGAUGAGGAUGAAUCCAAAAGCUAUCACGGCUUCUCAGAUGUUUGGCCGUCUUGACGUGGCUACAAACGACUGGACCGAUGGAAUAUUCUCUGCUUUGUGGAGAAAAACUAUGAAGGUCAAGCCAGGGGAAAACGUAUGGUUAGUUCUCGACGGUCCAGUGGACAGCAUUUGGAUAGAAAACUUAAACUCUGUACUCGACGACAACAAAACUUUAACGUUAGCGAAUGGCGACAGACUUUCUAUGGCACCAACAUGCAAAAUAAUCUUUGAACCACACAAUAUCGAUAACGCCUCACCAGCUACGGUAUCCAGAAAUGGUAUGGUAUACAUGAGUUCAUCUGGCCUUACCUGGAAACCUGUGGUGAAAGCUUGGCUGAAAACUAGGAGUGCAAAAGAACAGGAAAUAUUCCAUCACCUCUUCUGGGAAACCCUCGCCCAGAUUUAUAGCUAUGGCAACCAGAGUUUGAACCUAGUGCUAGAUGUGCUCCCUUGCAACAUAACCCUGCAGAUGCUGAAACUUAUGGAGGGUUUGAUUCCACCACAAAUUGAAAAAACGGAAGAGGAAACCGAAAAAUCCGAUCAGAUGGAUCUGGAUGACGAACUUUCAGAGGAGCAGGAGAAACCAGAAGAAACGAAACUUCUCACUCCCGAACAUUUGGCUAAGAUUUUCGUAUUCGUCUUGACCUGGGGACUGGGUGCAUAUUUGGAGAACGACGACAGGGCCAAGUUCGAUGCUUUCGUGAAAGAGAACUUGAGCUUCUUGGAUAUUCCGAAAAAUACCGAGAAGAAUAGAGAUUGCACCCUUUUCGAUUACAUGGUGAAUGACGACGGAAAUUGGGUCCUCUGGAGCUCCUUAGUCACCAAUUACUCAUAUCCAGAACUGGCAACGCCAGAAUACGCCACUAUUCUCAUCCCAAUCCCCGACAAUGUUCGUAUAAAUUACCUGGUGGAAACCAUAGCCAAGCAAGAAAAGGCAGUUCUUCUCAUUGGCGAACAAGGGACAGCGAAAACCGUGAUGAUGAAAGCAUACAUGAAGAGGGCGAACCCAGAGCUGUACCUCCACAGGGCGUUCAAUUUUUCCAGCGCCACCUCCCCCUAUCAAUUCCAGAAAACAAUUGAGAGUUACGUGGAGAAGAGGAUGGGGAAUACGUUUGGAGCUCCGAACGGGAAGAAGAUGAUGAUAUUCAUCGAUGACAUCAAUUUGCCAGAGAUAAACUGUUGGGGUGAUCAGGUAACCAACGAAGUUGUCCGGCAAGUCAUGGACAUGGGAGGAUUUUACAGCCUCGAAAAACCUGGAGAAUUCGUUUCCAUAGUGGACGUACAGUUUCUUGCGGCCAUGGGACAGCCGGGUGGUGGAAGAAAUGACAUACCGUCGCGUUUGAAGAGGCAGUUCUGCAUAUUCAACUGUCCUCUACCUUUGGACACAUCGAUAGACAAAAUAUUCGGUGUGAUUGCCCAAGGACACUAUAAUAUUAAGAGGGGAUUUCCAUUGGAAGUUCGUAAUUUGGUCAAGAAACUGAUACCCCUCACGAGACUCCUAUGGAGAAAUACUAGAUCGAAAUUGCUGCCCACUCCAGCUAAAUUUCAUUAUGUGUUUUCUCUGAGGGAUUUGUCCAGAAUUUGGCAAGGAAUGAUUGGCACAUUAUCCACAGUGAUAGAUUCAGAAGCAUGUCUCAUGGUGCUGUGGAAGCACGAAUGUACCAGAGUCUUCUCCGACCGCUUCACGAUACAAGAAGAUAAGGACUGGUUCGAUCAAGAGCUUCUGGAUCUCGUAGAGAGGGAACUAGGAACGAAUCUAAUGAACAAAACCAGGCCGAGCCCAGUUUUCGUGGAUUUUAUGAGGGAUGCUCCUGAGCCCACUGGGGAAGAAGGUGAAGAUGCUGAUAUGGAACUCCCAAAGGUCUAUGAGCCAGUAACUAACGAGAAUGAGCUUAGGGAGCGACUGGAUAUGUUCCUGUCUCAGUUCAAUGAGAUGGUGAGAGGGUCUGGAAUGGAUCUUGUCUUCUUUCCGGAUGCCAUGUUGCACUUGGUGAAGAUAUCGAGGGUUAUAAGGCAUCCAAGAGGCAACGUUAUGCUUGUUGGUGUCGGAGGCAGUGGAAAACAGUCACUUACCAAGCUAUCUUCAUUCAUAGCUGGCUACAAAAGCUUUCAAAUAACUCUGACACGAUCAUACAAUAUAGGAAACUUCUUGGAAGAUCUCAAAGUCUUGUACAGAUCAUGUGGUUGUCAGGGUAAAGGGACAACCUUCAUAUUCACAGAUCUGGACAUAAAGGAAGAAGGAUUUUUGGAAUAUCUGAAUAACAUCCUGUCUGGCGGUGUCAUAUCGAAUCUGUUCACUAAAGACGAGCAGACGGAAAUAAUCCAGGAGCUGACUCCCAUAAUGAGGAGAGAGAACAUGAAACGCACCUUGAACGCUGAAGUUGUGAUGGAAUAUUUCAUGAAUAGAACAUGUCAGAACUUGCAUGUUGUAUUCUGUUUUUCCCCGGUUGGAGAGAAAUUCAGAACCAGGGCCCUGAGAUUUCCCGCUUUGAUUUCUGGUUGUACCAUAGAUUGGUUUCAACCUUGGCCCAAAGAUGCCCUAGUUCUGGUGGCAAAGCAUUUCCUGACUGAAUUCAAGAUAGCUUGUUCAACUGAAGUGAAAGAAGAACUGGUUACAGCUCUUGGAUCCAUACAAGAUAUAGUAUCUCAGACAUCCAGCGAUUACUUCCAGAGGUAUAGAAGAGCCACUCACGUGACUCCAAAGUCUUAUCUCAACUUCAUUGCUGGCUACAAAAGUAUUUACAAAAGCAAGCAAAAAGAACUCAGUGAAGGAGCCUCUAGGAUGGAUACUGGUCUGGAAAAACUGGCUGAAGCCUCAUCCUCUGUCCUCAUUUUGAAGAAGGAAUUAGCAGUCAUGGAACAGGAACUUGCCGAGGCGUCGCAGAGAGCAGAAACUGUUCUAACGGAGGUCACUGAGAGGGCAAUGCAAGCAGAAAUAGUGAAAAAUCAAGUACAAAAAGUUAAGGAAAAAGCUGAAAUACUUGUUUCAUCUAUUGCAAAUGAGAAAGCGUUAGCUGAAGAAAAAUUAGAAGCCGCUAAGCCUGCUCUGGAAGAGGCGGAGGCUGCAUUGAACACGAUAAAACCAGCACAUAUUGCUACCGUACGAAAGUUGGGAAGACCACCUCAUUUAAUAAUGAGGAUCAUGGACUGUGUGCUGAUCUUAUUUCAAAGAAAACUUCAACCAGUUUCUAUUGAUCCAGCUGCUAAUUGUCCUAAGCCUUCUUGGGCUGAAUCGCUCAAGAUGAUGGCUUCUACAACAUUCCUUCUACAACUUCAAAAUUACCCGAAAGAUAUCAUAAAUAACGAGAUGGUAGAAUUUCUGGAGCCAUAUUUCGAAAUGGAAGAUUAUAACAUGGACACUGCGAAAAGAGUAUGUGGAGAUGUGGCUGGUCUAUUAUCUUGGACAAAAGCAAUGGCUUUCUUCCAUAGUGUGAAUAGAGAGGUGCUUCCUCUAAAAGCUAAUCUAACUCUUCAAGAAGCUCGACUGAAGGUUGCAAUGGAAGACCUGGCCGCUGCGCAGAAUCAGUUAGAGGAACGAGAAGCUUCACUGAAGGAAGUCAAAGAGCAAUACGACAAAGCUGUCAUGGAAAAGCAGAGACUCACGGAUGCAGCUAACGCUUGCCUGAGAAAGAUGAAUACAGCCACAACUCUCAUCAAUGGAUUAGGAGGAGAAAAGAUCAGAUGGACUCAGCAGAGCAAAGAGUUCAAAGAACAAUUGGGGAGAUUAGUCGGAGAUGUCCUUUUGGCAACUGGAUUCCUUUCAUACUGUGGUCCGUACAAUCAAGAAUUUCGAACGAAUUUAGUCAAACUCUGGAUGGAAGUACUCGUUACAAAAAACAUUCCCUUCACUCGUCAGCUGAACAUUAUCAAUAUGCUGGUAGAAAGUGCAACAAUUUCAGAGUGGAACCUUCAGGGCCUUCCAAAUGAUGAACUUUCAGUGCAAAAUGCUCUUAUUGUGACGAAAUCUCGCUCCUACCCAUUGCUCAUCGAUCCUCAAACGCAGGGAAAAAUGUGGAUAAAGAAUAAAGAAGCUAACAACAACCUUCAGCUCACCACUUUGAAUCACAAAUAUUUCAGGACACAUUUGGAAGAUUGUCUUUCCCUGGGUAGGCCGUUGCUCAUUGAAGACGUUGGUAUUGAACUAGAUCCAGUCCUGGAUAACGUUUUGGAAAAGAAUUUCAUCAAAUCAGGAUCUAUUGAAAAGGUUGUCGUAGGCGAUAAGGAAUGCGAUGUCCUUAAGGGUUUCAUGCUUUAUGUCACAACAAAAUUGCCCAAUCCGCCAUAUUCUCCUGAAAUCAGCGCAAAAACUUCCAUAAUCGACUUCACUGUCACUAUGCUAGGUUUAGAAGAUCAGCUACUUGGCCGCGUGAUACUGAUGGAAAAAUCGGAUUUGGAAGAAGAGCGAGUACUACUUUUCGAAAGUGUCAUAAAAAACCAGCGUAAAAUGAAAGAGUUGGAGAGCAAUCUUUUGGGUCGACUAACCUCUACUCAAGGCUCCCUCGUAGACGACGAAGAACUGAUAAACGUCCUGCAAACGACAAAAACAACCUCCGAAGAAGUGACCCAAAAAUUAUCCGUAUCAGCAGUGACUGAGAAGAAGAUAAAUAUUGCAAGGGAAGAAUUCAGGGCCGUUGCGGCUAGAGGGUCCAUCCUGUAUUUCCUCAUCGUGGAAAUGAGCAAUGUUAACGUUAUGUACCAGAACUCACUGAAGCAGUUUUUGAUACUGUUCGAUAAUUCCAUCAAUAAAUCGGAGAAGAGCACCGACACCAUGGAGAGGAUCAGUAUCAUUCUGAGAUAUCUCACGAAAGAAGUGUGGUCAUUCACGCAAAGAAGCCUGUAUGAGAGACACAAGGAUCUAUUCACCCUGAUGAUGGCCAUGAAGAUUGACUUACACAAAAAUAUCAUAUCCCACGACGAAUUUAUGGCUUUCAUCAAGGGAGGCGCUUCUUUGGACCUGAACGCAGUUCAACCAAAACCUUUCAGAUGGAUCUUGGACAUCACCUGGCUCAAUUUGGUGGAGAUUCAGAAAUUGCCCAUUUUCUCAGAGAUACUCUCCAAAAUUGAGCAACAUGAGAGGGAUUGGAAGAUUUGGUACGACAAAGAGAAACCAGAAGAAGAGGACCUGCCAUGCGGAUACCAGAAAUCGCUGGAUGUUUUCAGGAAACUAUUGCUGAUAAGAUCCUGGAGUCCCGAUAGAACCUUAUCCCAAGCCAGAAAAUACAUCAUAGAUUCCUUGGGCAAGGAAUACGGAGAACCCUGCAUAUUAGAUCUGGAACAAACUUGGAACGAAUCUGACAGCAGGACUCCUUUAAUAUGCCUGCUAUCUAUUGGAUCAGACCCUUCUCCACAGAUAUCCUCGUUGGCCAAGACACAAGAUAUACGGCUGAAAGCUGUUUCUAUGGGUCAAGGACAAGAAAUAGUAGCUAGAGACAUGAUAGAAUCGUCUAUGUCCCAAGGAGGAUGGGUCUUGCUCCAAAAUAUUCACUUAUCAUUAUCAUUUGCUACCGAAGUUAUGUCGAUGAUAAUGGACACAGAAACGGUAGAUGACACCUUCAGGAUAUGGCUUACCACUGAGGUCCACGAAGAAUUUCCUAUUGGGCUACUCCAAAUGGCCAUCAAGUUCACAAAUGAACCACCUCAAGGUAUAAGGGCAAGCAUGAAGAGGACAUACCAGAGUAUAACCCAAGACUACCUGGACUAUUCCGCACAGCCACAAUGGCCUCCUUUGUUGUAUGCAGUGGCUUUUCUGCACACUGUUGUUCAGGAAAGACGAAAGUUCGGGCCACUUGGCUGGAAUGUACCAUACGAGUUCAACCAAUCGGAUUUCGCAGCCAGUAUACAAUUUAUCCAAAAUCACUUGGACGAUAUGGACCCAAAAAAAGGGGUAUCUUGGCCUACAGUGUGUUACAUGCUCGGUGAAGUGAAUUAUGGAGGAAGAGUUACUGACGAUUUCGAUAAAAGGCUUCUCACAACAUUCACACAGGUUUGGUUUUGUGAUGUUCUUCUGAGGCCAGGCUUCGAGUUUUAUAAAGGCUACAAAGUACCACAGACGAGAAACCUUCAAGGAUAUCUGGAUUAUAUAUGCAGUCUACCAGCGACAGACAGUCCGGAAGUGUUUGGUCUCCAUGGAAACGCUGAUAUAACUUACCAAAUAAACACUAUUAAAGGUAUCUUGGACACCAUAUUGAAUGUUCAACCAAAAGAGGGUGGAAGUCAAGGAGGCGAGACCAGAGAGAGUAUAGUAUACUGUCUGGCGGAAGACAUGUUGGAAAAACUUCCCAAGCAGUACAACCAAUUCGAAGUCAGAGAAGCCCUGCAAAGGAUGGGGGUUUUGUUGCCAAUGAAUAUCUUCCUGCGUCAGGAAGUUGAUAGAAUCCAAAGAGUUCUGAAGGAGGUGAAAUCGACACUAUGUGACCUGAAACUAGCGAUUGAUGGUACUAUAGUCAUGAGCCAAGACCUACGCAAGGCUUUAGACUCAAUGUAUGACGCCAGAAUUCCUGAUCGAUGGUUAAAGAUAUCUUGGGAGUCGGCUACUUUAGGUUUUUGGUACACCGAACUGUUAGAAAGGGAUGCACAAUUCAGGAACUGGAUCAACAAUGGCAGACCAAACGUUUUCUGGAUGACUGGUUUCUUCAAUCCUCAGGGAUUUCUUACGGCAAUGAGACAGGAUGUCACUAGAGCACAUAAAGGUUGGGCUUUGGAUUCGGUAGUUCUACAAAAUCUAAUAACCCGCUAUAACAAAGAAGAUUUGAAGGAGGGGCCAGCAGAGGGAGUGUAUGUCCAUGGAUUGUUCUUGGAAGGCGCCAGUCUUGACAGGCGAUCUAGUAAACUUAUCGAGAGCAAACCCAAGGUUCUCUAUGAACAGAUGCCUGUUAUAUACAUAUACGCCAUCAACACUACGGCUGGAAAAGAUCCCAAAUUGUACGAAUGUCCGAUUUACAGAAAACCGCAAAGAACAGAUCAGAAGUAUGUGGGGUCCAUAGACUUCGAAACAGAUCACAACCCUAGGCAUUGGACACUCAGAGGAGUUGCCCUGUUAUGUGAUAUUAAAUAGAAUGUUGAAUGUAAAGAAGAAAUAUAUUGUUGUUAGUG